CUGUUGCAUGCUGCUGCUUGGAAGGACAUCAGCAUCAGCAUCCGUGGCCGUCGCAUCAUCCCAGCUCAGUUAGUAUACUUUCGGUUGGCAGCGCUGCGCUACUACUUAUAGCCAACGCUCUCCUCGGUUUGGGGUCCUACCGCGUGCGAAGGGCUGUCGGUUUGUCGGUCGGUCGGUCUGUUCGAUUUGGUUUGCUUUGGUUGAGCUUUUGGGUCCUCAGCGUGGAUUUGUGGCAUUCAGUCGGUUUCGUUACUUGACGUCGUUGAGAUCUCGCGCGAGUCGCGACGCGCCGCCGUCGGUGAUUGGUGAUUCGAACUUUGACGUUGGGGAAAGACCUGCUAAGAGGAGUUGUGGGUGACUUUUUCGGGUUCUUCUAGUGAAUGGAAACUCAACGCCGGAGUUGGGUGAACUCGAAGCGGAAUAAAUUAAUUGAAAUGGAAACCUGGUGAAGUGGCGUUAAUAAUGUAAAGGAGUGUCUUACUCUCGGUCCGGGUGCAUUAUUCACUGUCAGUUUGAAAAACGCUCGCUCGCUGUUGUGCAAGUGGAAGUGGAAGGAAAAAAAAAUUCAAAAGUGCUUAUCAAGCACCAGUCGUUGUUGUUGGUCGGUGAUGAUAAGGGAUGACGGUGUUGUGUUGCUAGAUUGUUUCCCAACAGUUUUUCUUCCGUUUCUCUUCCGGCUCUUGCUGUUAGCCGCGUCGUGUUGAUGAUUAUUACUUUAUAAUGGAGAAGAAGUGGUGAGAAGUUGGCUCAUUCUCGAGGCGGAUGCUGGAAAGAAAUUCCGGAAAGUGAAUGGGAAGUUGAGGGUUUGAGUGAAAAGAAAAAUGAAUUAUUGGAUGAAGCUGAGAAUAUAAGUUGUGUUUCUCUGUGUCAAGUGGGGGAAAACAAGCGGAGGGAAAAACCCCGGUGAGCAGCAGCUGGUUCGUUGGCGUUAUUGUGCAAGAAAAGUUCCCAAGACUCCGGCCAAGCAGCAGACAUAAAUUUCCGUUAGACAAUUGGAGAGGGAUCCCAUGGGAGGCACACAAAAAGCAAGUGGUGCGUGAUUUAGUGAUUCCUGUAUUUCCUGGCUCGCUGCUCGCAACGUAACCAAGUGGCUGUACCAGCCCAAGUAGAUUUAUGAAUUCCUUCAGGAUAAUGUUGAGGCAAUUAGCAUCACGCUAAUUGAAGUGAAAAAUAUACCACAAUCUGAAAGUGAACGGUAGUGAUACAACAAAUUGGAAGUUUUUGACAGAACAUUUUGCUGCGAUUCCACAAAAAAAACCUCGAACGUCGUAAAAAAGGUUGAUGAUCCACUUUUGCCAAAACAGAGAAAAUAAAUUUAAUCCGCCGCGAAAAGUGGCUUGCGGGAAAAGCGACUACAGCUACAUAUCAGCGAAAAAUAGUUUAUCAGUAGUGGCGGCGGCGACUGCGGUGACGACGACUGCAGCCAAGAAGACAACGACAACGGUUGCGGCAUUGUCAAGAAGAAGAAGAUAACGUACUAGUGCUACUAGGGCAAGUUGGAUAGAGAAAAGUUCGCUGGCUCACACCAACAUGAACACGUCACUCAACAUUAGCUUAUCGUCGGCGGUGCUGCUGGCGAUGGCAUUCUGGCUCACGCUGGUGAAAGACGCAUCAACGUUCCAGCCGGAUUUCGCCGAGCCAAUAAUCAACAUAUCGGUGGCAAUCGGCCGGGAUGCCACGUUCACCUGUCACGUACGACAUCUGGGAGGAUACCGGGUCGGUUGGGUCAAAGCAAAUACCAAGGCGAUACAGGCCAUCCACGAGCAGGUCAUCACCCACAACCCACGGGUGACGGUGUCGCACGCCGAUCUCAAUACCUGGAAUCUGCACAUCAAAUCGGUGAUGGAGGAGGACCGAGGCGGGUACAUGUGUCAGCUGAACACCGAUCCGAUGAAGAGUCAGAUAGGCUACUUGGACGUGGUAAUUCCGCCGGAUUUCAUCACCGAAGACACCUCCUCGGACGUGAUCGUACCCGAGGGUAGUUCCGUCAAACUCACCUGCAGAGCGAAAGGCUAUCCGGAACCAGUAGUAACGUGGCGCCGAGAAGAUGGCACCGAAAUCGUUCUCAAGGAUUCAGCCGGCACUAAACAGUUGGUGACUUCCUACCGAGGCGAGGUGCUGAAGCUGGUGAAAAUCUCACGCAGCGAGAUGGGCUCCUAUCUGUGUAUCGCAUCCAAUGGAGUGCCCCCGUCGGUGUCCAAGCGAAUAUCGCUCAGCAUUCACUUUCACCCGGUCAUCCAAGUGCCAAACCAACUGGUGGGAGCUCCGUUGGGAACGGACGUGUCCAUCGAGUGCCUCGUAGAGGCAUCCCCGAAAUCCAUCAACUACUGGGUUAAGGAUACAGGAGAAAUGAUUGUGUCAUCGCCCAAGUACCAAGUGCAGGACAUUCCCAAAUCGUUGUACGAGACCAAGAUGACGAUGACGGUGCGGGCCAUCCAGAAGGAGGACAUGGGCUCGUACCGAUGCAUUGCGAAGAACUCACUCGGCGAGGUGGACAGCAGCAUCCGACUGUAUGAAAUCCCUCAACCGAAUCGGAAAAUAUACUCGCCCAAGUACGGCUCGGAUCUGAAUGAUAUCGUCAAGCCCGGCGGCAACGGCGGCGAUAAAUCGACCAAAACAAAGCUAUCCUACCCGCCGGACGACGAGGAGCAGCAGUACGGUGGCUCGGCGGAAGAUUUCGAAGAGAUUGACUCCAUACAGACCCAUCAGCAUCAGCAUCAGCACAGCCAGCACAAUCAGCAGCAUCCAUAUGGGAGCAGGCCGACGUCCCGGUCACCGUUCGGGUCGUCCAUGGACCAUCCGAACAGCGUCAAUGGUCGCCACGGCGGCAGCAGCAGCAGCAACUUGAACGGUGGCGUCGGGUCCAGCAGCAAUGGUGGCAACAAUAAAAAUCUGAUACCGUUGAUGAACGACAUCGCCACGCGGAAGCCGUUCGUCAUCCCGCCGGGCCGGAGCGGUGGCGACGGUAGUCUGGAGGGAAGCAAUGCGGCAGGUCGGGCCACUGCGGAGUUGACCCUUUGGCGGCUGCUCGUCGUCCUGGUGGGAACCAGCUGGUACGCGAUUUAUCGCCAAAGGCGGCACUAGCUCACUCGGCGGUGCGGUGCGGAGUUCGUUGAAUUGGUAGGCUCUUAGAUUAUAAUUCUCAUACAUACUCAUUUAGGAGGUGCAACAGGGAACAAAAUCUGCUCUAAAAUUUAGAACAAUGCGGGACAAUGCGAAGUUCUCUUUUUUGUUAUCAACCAAAACCAUAUAUGAAUGAACACACAAGUAUAGGCAAACAGGACAUUUAUUAUAAUAGAGGUAUUAAAACCAUUAUCUUCAGGGGAUUCACACAGACUGUUGGGGCUGGGGCAAGGCUCAAAACUGAAACGAGGGACAAUGCUGUAUAUUGGAUGUAAAUUGCAAAGAUAAAUUAGUGGAUGGAACGAUAAGAUUAUGUAUUUCUAUGGAAAUAGUAGACAAAACGGCCAAAAGUUAGUUCGCCUGUUAUGUUGCAAGACGACACACAGAGGUAAAAAGCCUAGGUUAAUGACACACAAAAACUGUUUUUCGCUGUUACUGCUGGCAAUAAAUCUCUGCCCGAGGAU